AUCCCCAUCCCCAUCCCCAUCCCCAUCCCACGGUGGCCCGGACGCCAUCCGCCACCCCCGGCCGGCCUCGCCCGCCCUCAGUCGCACCCACGGCGGUGCCAGCCAAGUCCAGUCCAGCCCGGGCCAGUCCCACUGGGAGAGCGGGGCCCGGCCCUGCCCGCGACCCCGGGCCCCGCUGCGGCCUUCAUCCACAACUUCGAAGGGCCCGCGACGCGCCCGGGCGCCUCAGAAUCAGGCCUGCCGCACACGCGGCCCUGCCCCGCUUCUCCCGCUCCCACCUGCAGAUACGCAACUCCCGCGCUUUGCGGGGACUUUUCAUUUUCCUUUCACUUUCCAGGGUUCAGAAAGAGGGCAAAGGCUCACCCUCUCCCCUGACCGGCCAUGCAGGGGCAGGACGAGAGGGGAGGCUUCGUCCCCUUCGUCAAAUGCUCCCGGAUUGUAAGGCGUGCCCCGCCUCCCGGCCAAGCCGCCUUCGGUCUCCCCGCUCAAGGGGCCCCCAGAUCGACUCCCCGGCCUUAUGGGGAGGUUUUCUGGGAGAACCUCAGUCGCCAACCCAGCUCUAUUUCACCACCGGAAAAGCACACCAUGGCUUCAGUUGUGUUGGUGCACGGAGAUGCCCAUCGGGCACUGUCCCACCUGGAAGCCCCCGGAGAUCUGCCGGCCCCCGAGACGCUGUGCAGGAGGCGGCGGCGACAGGGCAGACCUCAGAGGCUCCGGGAGGCUUCGGUCCGGGUGCGGGCCGUGAGCUUCCACCUGGAGGAGUUGAGGAGACGCCAGCAAGCCAUCGACAAAGGGAAGAAUCUGCAGUGGAGCAGCUGCAGCGCUCCAUCUAGGGGCCCGGAGUCCGAGGCUGAAGCCCCAAAUCUGACCUCGAGGCCUCCUAGCCCCACGGAGACCCCAGGGCCCAAGGCGGAGCCCGGGACCACCACCGAGGUUGGGAACAGCGCCAGCCAAAGACAGACCCAGCUCCUGUGGUCCCCAUGGACUCCCCAUGGCCCCGAGCAGCCGUGGUUGCCCGGACUCGGCCCUCUGACUUCCUCCUUCGUUGUCACGGCCAGCAGGGCCGCUCCGGAGGUCCAGUGGGACCAGAAGCUGGAGGUGGAGUAGCCGUUCCCACGGUCUCCAGCCUCACCUCCUUCUCUGCAUUCCUUCCCUCCCCAGGAGACCUAGGGUCCGCGGGGGUGGGGCGUCCUCACCAGGGGAUCCAAGGACCCCUUUCUCCCUGUUGAGAUUUCAUUAUUAAAGGAAAUGAAGCUGA